AGACAUCUAUUCUAGCCAACUAAAAACAUUGAAUGUCCAACUGAAUAUGUAUGCUGGCCAAGUGGAAAAAUGCAUCCUGGCAAUUGAGACGUCUAUUCUAGCGAAACCAGAAAUCUGUAGUGCGACAGCAAAAACAUAAGAACUUUUGUCCAUGGCUAAUGAAGACACAAACCAUAUUAACAUAUUCACGCAUAUAAUCUUGUCCCACACAUAUAUUCUAGUCCCACACCUAUUGCAAAGCUAUAGUGUAAAAAUAUGUUCAAUAUACCGGAACUAAAAACAUAACGGCGAUGAAAAUAUAUAACUAUAAUCUGUCCUCCAAUUCUUCUUUCUUCUUUCACCUGGAUUUUCCGUCUCAAAUGUAACAUCAAAUUAUGUGCAGAAAAAUCUAAAACAGCUCCUUGCCAACACAGAAAACCUACAGAUCAUUGCAACAAAACAAAGGGAAAAAGUCAGAAAACUCUGUAGUAAAAAGAAGCCAUGCUCUUGCCAGCUAUUUACUGCAAACUAUGCAACUAACAUAACAACUCUGUGCAAACAAAAAAAUUCAUAACUGUUAUAAUAAAGAUUAUGCUACAGUCAUGUUGCUUUUGGAACUAAGAUUGUCACAAAAUGGUGUGCAACUGCCUAUUUACUAAGUUUUUAGGUUGUUUGAAACACUCUUUUCUGUGGUUACCAACAGAGGACAUCAAUUUCUACUUUUUAAUAUGUGCAGGGAGUGUGUGGUAGCAUCCAAAAAAGGAAAAAAAUGCUUGAUCUCAAUGAGUUGCCUCCUGAUCUCAAUGAGCUUCCUCAUGAUACGGAUCAGCAGCAACCCAGCAUACGACAAGGAAAAUGGACAGAAAAUGGUCGAUCUGUUUACUACACGCAGGCAAGUCAUGAUGGUAACCCUAUGGGCCAUGACAAUGUGGCAGGCCAGUCAUCAGACCGUGGUGCUCCUGUAGUGGUGUCUUUGCAGUCAGAGAGCCAUACUCUAGAUGACAUGGGAACCGAGGCAAAUGUUCCUGGUCCAACCAGGACUGAGCUAGGAGCUGGGGCUGUUGACGGAGCUGUGCAAGGAGAAGGAGAGGAUGAGGCUGGUUCUCAACCUAUGGAACCCUAUGUUGGCAUGAGGUUUGACAACCUUCAAAUUGCUAAGGAUCACUACAACAGCUACGCACUACGGAUGGGUUUCUCUAUCAAGAUGAACACAUCUAGACGGACACCCCGCACCAAUGAAUUGAUAAAACAACAGUUUUGCUGCAACAAGUUCAAGAAGCCCAAAGCUGAUGAUGGAGGAGCUGAGGCUCCUCCUGUCCUGGACCCUAUUCUAGAUCCAAAAUCUGUUUGCAGUGAUGAGGAGAUGGAAGAAGAACCUCCAAUAUUUGCUGAAGAGGAGGCUGGUACUAGUAAGAAGAAGAAGAAGCGCAAACGCGAGACAAUAAAGCAGACUCAGUGCAAAGCGAAAAUGUUGGUGAAGCUGAUAGAUGGGCGAUGGGAGGUGACGCACUUUGUUCGUGACCACAAUCAUCCGCUCGUGAACAAACCUUCAUUGUCCAAAUACUUGAGAUCCCACCAAGGCAUCUCACCUGAUGAAAAGGAGUUUCUGCGCAUCUUGUAUAACUGCAACUUGACUACAGGACGUAUGAUGCAUGUAAUGGCAGAGUUCUAUGGAUCUGAGAUGAUGGUGCCAUUCGGACCAAAGGCAAUAACAAAUCUUUGUACAAGUUUCCGUAGAGAUGACACAAAGGAGGGUGAUCUGAUUGAGACAAUUGCACACUUCAAGGAUAUACAAAAAACCGAUCUAGACUUCUUCUAUAAGGUGAAAUAUGAUGAAGAGGACAGAGUUGUCAACAUAUUUUGGGUGGAUGGCUUAGCUCGAAAAGCUUAUGCGGAGGCUUAUCACGAUUGCAUAUCGUUUGACACCACCUACAUGACCAACAUGUACAAUAUGCUGUUCGCGCCCUUCCUAGGAAUAAACCGACAUGGCCAAUCUUUCAUGCUGGGUUGCGCGUUUGUGAGGCAGGAGUUAGCAUCGAGCUUUGAUUGA